UCAUUGCAUUCACCCGCCUGAACUUCUGCAUUUCGCACAGAAGCAAAACACACAACGGUACUAUGGGUGAAAACAUAACAGAGACAAAAAUGAACACGGUGUACGCUCUGGCGUUUGGAUCUAUAAUGGCAUUGGGUCUGCCUCUCAAUGCUGUGUCGCUGUGGAUAUUUUUACGCUGCCACAGCCUCAGAUCCCCCACUGCCAUCUUCAUGGUCAACCUGGCAAUCUCAGACCUGCUACUCGUCAUCUCCUUGCCCAUGAGGGUCUACUUUUAUGCCACAGGCACCUGGCCUCUGAGCAGAAUGGCGUGCAUCUGGAUCACAAUGCUCUUUCGCAACAACAUCCGUUCCAGCUCCAUCUUCAUCACCUUCAUCAGUGUGGACCGGCUGCUGGCUGUGGUUUAUCCUCUGAGGUCACGCCAUCUUCGAACCUCUUCCAGCGCCUGGAAAGCUGCUGCGCUCGUUUGGCUGAUUGUGUCGGUGGUGAACAUCCCAGAGAGCGUGGACUUUAAAAGAUUUUUAAACAACCUCACUGAAUCCUCCUGUUUUGAAUUUAGUCAGCCGCAUAGAUCCCCAAUUGCUUUUUUUCAGCCUGUGCUGGUGUUCACCUUGCUGGCAGUCAACAUUGUGUGCACCGCUUUGGUGUCCUGGACUAUACACAGACAUCUAAGUGAGUCUGCAAGGAUCAUCAACAAGGUGAAUGUCAUGCUGAUUUUUGUCAUGAACUUGAUGAUGUUCACUGUAUUUUUCUUGCCUCUGUCAUUGUUUAUUUUCUUUAAAGAGUGGAAAAGUGCAAUCUCGCCACUGGUAUGUCUUGCUAGUGUGAACUGCUGUCUGGAUCCUCUGUUGUAUUACUUUUCUUUUGACGGUUUCUGGAAGAAAAAAGAGGAUGUAGAUAUCUCUCUUGCAAGAGAAUAGUUGGUGAUAACAAUAGACAGAGACAGGUGGCAUUAAAUACUACUUCAACAGAAUAUGUACACAUUUGUUUUUUAAUACAGGGGUGUUGGAUUAUCUGAAACAGAUAAAGAUUUAGGUUAACUUAGCGCAACUGACUUUCAGUGGUUGUUUUUUCCACUGUGUGACACAGAUCUGAUAUUUCCAUGCAUGUGAAGACACAUUUUUUUCAGUUCCCAUCUGAGCUGCAAAAAUCUGAACAAAAUUGGAUCCCCAGGCAUCUUGGUAACUUGCAUUGAAUACACAUGCCAUGACUAUGAAUAAAUCUUACAUGACUGACCUGUGAGAUCUGUGUUGGCUACAUUAGCUUUAAUAGGGACAACAACACACAGCAACGGCGAGAAAGGCAAAUAGCCAAAAGCAAAGGUAUUCUUGGAGCUGCCUCAAUUCAAGUCAAGUCAUAUAAAACCUAAAAAUAUAUACAAUAUGCUACUACUAUUACUCAUUCUUUCUGACAUAUUGCAGAUGUGUUGCAUCCUUUACACACAUUUAAAACUGGUUCAACUUAAGUUCCCCUUCUGUGCUGGGGUAUCAGUGUAUACAAGGACCUGCUCAAGUGCAGAUGUUGUGUUUUCCUGCCUCCUAAUAAAGAAGCCAUCUCUUUGCCAA